AUGUCUCCCUCCGCCGCUAUGGCUAUGCCGAGUUCUGCUCCAGGCAUCAAGAAAGCAUCACUACUCGGCCUCCCUUCAGAACUCCGCCUCCUCAUCCUCGAAGAAGUCUUCCCUCCAGACACCGUCAAAGACAUGUGGCCAUCAUUCCUCAUCGGCAACUCCGUCUACGACGCAAUCCACCGCUACAGCAACCACCUCCUCCCCCCAAAGCUCACAUCCAUCCUCUCCACCAACCGCCUCCUCCACGCCGAAGGCCUCAAAGUCCUCUACUCCCACUCCAACGUCCAAGUCGACCUGACCCUCACCGACCACCCCAGCGUCCUCUCGAACCGCCGCGCCAUGCUAGUCCACAGAAUCGACCGCCUCAGCCUCUGGCCUCACGUCCGCAACCUCAAGCUCACCGUCAAGCUGCACAGAUUCGACUGCGCCUUCUGCGGUCGGUGGGCGUGUAAUUUGGACGUCCUGGUCAAGGCCCUGGAGCGGGGUAAGAAUAUCCGGAAGUUGCACGUCAGAGUCGAUUGGGAGGAUCACAAGGCGUUGCCGUUGUUGGCUUUUGAGGAGACGAUCUUGGCGUUGGAGAAUCUUCGCAUGCCGGAUGCGAGGACGUAUAGGACGGAGGUGGUUGUUGAUAUGGCGGGGGACAUGGAUAUUGAGGAGAAGACAUUGGUGGAGGAGCGGAUGAGGGAUGUGAUGCUGUCCGGGGUCCGUGGACGUGAACCGGUGAGGUUGGGGUGCGGGUUUGUUGCGCCGGAGCUGUCGUGGAAAAUCUAG